AUGUUUGGACUCCCACAACAACCUCCAAGUGAGGAAGAGAAGAAGAUCCACGAGCAGCAGUCUAACCAGACCCUGAUCAACGCUGGUUACGCAGCUGUACUGCUUUGGGUGUCGCCUAUCGUCUGGCACUUCGUCAAGAGACAAUGGAAAUAA